UACCGCUCUUUCGCAUAAGAAACACUGGUGUCCCGCUCUUUGGCUCUCCACCUGUCAAUUGCACUGCUUCAACACAGUCCCUUCGUUUCUAUACCUAAUAGUUACUCUUCAACCGCCAUCAUGUCUCCCGCUGCUCUCGAACAGGAGGACCACACCCGUGAUGCCGCCUUCAACAAGGCCAUGCACGGCACGUCUGCAAAGGCGCGAGGUGGCAUGAGCGCCAUGCUGCAGAAGGACAAGGCCGCGCAGCAGGCUGCCGUGGACGAGUACUUCAAGCACUGGGACAACAAGGCCGCUGCCGACGAGACCGAGGAGACACGAAAGGAACGCCGUGACGAAUACGCCACCCUCACCAGGCACUACUACAAUCUGGCAACCGACCUGUACGAGUACGGCUGGGGCCAGUCGUUCCACUUUGCCCGCUAUGCGUACGGCGAGUCCUUCUACAAGGCCAUUGCCCGCCACGAGCACUACCUGGCCCACAAGAUGAGCCUGAAGGACAACAUGCGCGUGCUGGACGUUGGCUGCGGUGUCGGCGGCCCUGCCCGUGAGAUUGUCAAGUUCGCUGGUGUCAACGUCGUUGGCCUCAACAACAACGACUACCAGAUCGAGCGCGCCACAGCCUACGCCGAGAAGGAGGGUCUGUCCGACAAGCUCAAGUUCACCAAGGGUGACUUUAUGCAAAUGUCGUUCCCCGACAACUCCUUCGACGCUGUCUACGCCAUUGAGGCGACAGUCCACGCCCCCUCGCUCGAGGGCAUCUACAGCGAGAUCUUCCGCGUGCUCAAGCCCGGCGGUGUGUUCGGUGUCUACGAGUGGCUCAUGACCGACAAGUACGACAACGAGAACCCCCACCACCGUGAGAUCCGUCUCGGCAUCGAGAUCGGCGACGGUAUCUCCAACAUGGAGAAGAUCGAGGUUGCCCUCGCCGCCAUGAAGACAGCUGGCUUCGUCAUGGAGCACCACGAGGAUCUGGCUGACCGCGACGACCCCUACCCGUGGUACUGGCCGCUGUCUGGCCAGCUGAAGUACAUCAGCACCAUUGGCGACAUCCCCACCAUCCUCCGCAUGACCAAGGUCGGCCGUGGUAUCAUCCACAAGUUCGUCGGCUGCCUCGAGACAAUCGGUCUGGCACCCAGGGGUACGCAGAAGACGGCCGACAGCCUGGCCCUUGCUGCCGACUGCCUGGUCGCUGGUGGCAAGGAGAAGCUGUUCACGCCCAUGUACCUGAUGGUCGGCCGCAAGCCCGCCGAUGCCUAGGUGCUUCACGUGCAUUCUUGCCGCGCUGUUCUUUUCUAGACGGUUUGCAUCGGGGCCUCGUCCGCCCCGGUUUCGCUUCUCCGAGCAUCGUCUCGCUCUUGUACCGCACGCGUCGCAAAAGGCGCAUUAU